GCGCGCGCCGGGGCUGCCUGCUCGCUCUCUCCCUCCCUCGCUCGCUCGCUCCCUUCCUCGGCCGGCGGGUUUAGUCAGCCCGCCUGCAGCCGACGAGCCGCAGAGGACCGGAGCCUCGGACGCCGCCGCCGCCUCCUGCCAUUGUUCGUCGGGCUGAAGCUGCUGCUGGCGCGGCCGGGAGCCACUGGGACAUCAUGACAACAGAGAAGAGCUUGGUGGUUGAAGCUGAGGAUUCUCAGCACCAGCAACAAAAGGAAGAAGGUGAGGGAGCCACAAACUCAGGCCAACAAGAAACUCAGCUGGAAGAGGCUUCCCAACUGGCAGCUGAGGGCGCUAAUCAGUGUGAGCCAAAGCUGAGAGCAUCCAAUGGGGACACUCCGACGCAUGAAGACUUGACCAAGAACAGGGAACGGACAUCAGAAGGCAGAGGCCUGUCACGACUGCUCUCCUCGUUGCUCAAAAGGCCCAAAUCUCAGGUUUCUGAAGAAGAAGGCAGAGAAGUAGAGUCAGAUAAAGAAAAAGGUGAAGGAGGUCCAAAGGAGAUAGAAUUUGGAACCAGCCUUGAUGAAGACAUCAUUUUAAAGGCCCCCAUUGCAGCUCCUGAGCCUGAACUCAAAACAGACCCAUCUUUGGAUCUUCAUUCACUAAGCAGUAUAGAAACACAGCCAGCUCAGGAAGAACACAGAGAAGAUCCGGAGUCUGAAACGAGGGAAGAAGGGAUUGAAGAGUGCUCCAGGACAGGCGUGAAGGAGGACCCCGAGUCAAAAGCGGAGAGAGAACCCGAGGCUUCACAGAAGCCGGUCAGGAGGCACCGAGACAUGCACUGCAAGGUCUCUCUGUUGGACGACACAGUUUUUGAGUGUGUGGUGGAGAAACAUGCUAAGGGACAGGAUUUGCUUAAGCGAGUUUGUGAGCACCUCAAUCUGUUGGAGGAAGACUACUUUGGUUUGGCUAUUUGGGAUAGUGCAACCUCUAAGACAUGGCUGGAUUCUGCCAAAGAAAUAAAAAAACAGGUUCGAGGUGUUCCUUGGAACUUCACAUUUAAUGUGAAGUUUUAUCCGCCUGACCCAGCACAGUUGACUGAAGACAUAACAAGAUAUUAUUUAUGUCUUCAGCUUCGGCAGGACAUCGUUGCUGGACGGCUACCCUGUUCCUUUGCAACCUUAGCCCUCCUCGGCUCUUACACCAUCCAGUCUGAACUGGGAGACUAUGACCCGGAACUGCAUGGCGUGGAUUAUGUUAGUGAAUUUAAACUGGCUCCAAAUCAGACCAGGGAACUUGAAGAGAAGGUCAUGGAAUUGCAUAAAUCGUACAGGUCCAUGACUCCAGCUCAGGCCGACUUGGAGUUUCUUGAGAAUGCCAAAAAGUUAUCCAUGUAUGGAGUUGAUCUUCACAAAGCAAAGGACUUGGAGGGAGUGGAUAUCAUCCUAGGAGUCUGCUCUAGUGGCCUUUUGGUUUACAAAGAUAAGCUGAGAAUUAACCGCUUUCCUUGGCCCAAAGUGCUAAAGAUUUCUUACAAACGUAGCAGCUUCUUCAUCAAGAUCCGACCUGGAGAGCAAGAGCAAUAUGAAAGUACCAUUGGCUUCAAGCUUCCAAGUUACCGAGCAGCUAAGAAAUUAUGGAAAGUCUGUGUGGAGCAUCACACGUUUUUCAGACUGACUUCUACAGACACCAUUCCCAAAAGUAAAUUUCUUGCCCUGGGAUCUAAAUUUCGAUACAGUGGCCGAACUCAGGCGCAGACCAGACAAGCCAGUGCUCUGAUUGACAGGCCUGCCCCGCACUUUGAGCGGACAGCAAGCAAACGGGCAUCCAGGAGCCUUGAUGGAGCAGCAGCUGCUGAACCCACAGACCGAAGUCCUCGGCCCACCUCUGCACCAGCCAUUGCUCAGAGUCAGGUCACAGAAGGGCCAGGGGUACCUGUUAAAAAAACACAGAAGGAAGAUGCAAAGGUUGAAGUGAAAGGGGAAGAAGAACCACCUGAGCAAGCUGAGCCAGAGCCCACAGAAGCGUGGAAGGUGGAAAAAACCCACAUCGAGGUCACAGUUCCUACCUCAAAUGGUGACCAAACACAGAAGCCUGCAGAAAAAGCUGAAGAUCUGAUAAGAAUGAGGAAGAAAAAGAGAGAGAGACUAGAUGGUGAAAACAUUUAUAUCAGACAUAGCAAUUUAAUGUUGGAGGAUUUAGACAAGAGUCAAGAAGAAAUCAAAAAGCAUCACGCCAGCAUCAGUGAGCUGAAAAAGAACUUUAUGGAAUCGGUACCCGAACCACGGCCUAGUGAGUGGGACAAGCGCUUAUCCACACACUCGCCCUUCCGAACUCUUAACAUCAACGGGCAAGUCCCUACUGGAGAUGGAAGCGUUAAUGACAUUCGCACAGAGGAGGUGGCUGUCAUGACAAAAGGGCCAUCCACCUGCCCUGCCUCCGAAUGGGAGAGCCCCAAGCAGUCAGUGGUCCCUAGUCAGAAUCUGAUGACCACCCCACCGGCGUCUCCUCAGAGCUAUGGUUCUGGCUCCCUCUCCAUAAACAGCAAGGAGGCGGGAGAGAAGGAGCAGGGGCCAGCUGGCUAUCAUGAUGCUCAUGAGAUGCCAACAGGCCCAAGUGGGGAAUGUUCAGGAGUGGAGGAACAGCCCAAUACCAUAAGUUUCCCAGUAACUCCAGCUUCCUGCCAGCUGCAACAUGGUGGAAAAAAGGCAGACAGUAGUGAAGAGCCAGUUGCACCAGCAGAGACCCUUGAGACCCAGAGCGGAUCCUCUCUUGACUCUCGUGUGGGUAACCAGGUCCCCACCCUCAUUCGAAGUUUCCAGCCUCCCCUGGUAAAGACUCAGACUGUCACCAUCUCAGACACUGCCAAUGCUGUGAAAAGUGAAAUCCCAACCAAAGAUGUUCCUAUUGUCCACACUGAGACCAAGACCAUCACCUAUGAGGCUGCCCAGACUGAGGACAGCAAUGGGGACCUGGACCCUGGAAUCUUGCUGACGGCUCAGACCAUCACAUCUGAGACGACAAGUAGCACGACCACGACUCAGAUCACCAAGACUGUCAAAGGUGGAAUUUCUGAGACCCGAAUUGAGAAGAGAAUUGUGAUCACAGGAGAUGCUGAUGUUGACCACGAUCAGGUCCUUGUACAAGCCAUCAAGGAGGCCAAGGAACAGCACCCAGACAUGUCAGUGACCAAGGUGGUCGUCCACCAGGAGACCGAGAUCUCUGAGGAGUGAGCUCAGGGACUGUCCUGUCCCGGUCCCCACCCCUCCCCAUCCAAGAGAAGCCAGCAUAUCAUAAAGAAGCCAGCCUGCAACAGUCAGACUUUGAAGACUGUUCCACACCACAGAAAACCAACUUGAUUUUCUACUGGAAUUUAUACCGAGACUCUUCUAGAUGCCACAGCUGUUUUCUAUAUUGUGAUACAGAAAUUGUCAGCUUUUCAGUCUAUGAACUGUUUUUAAGACAUUUUGGGUUUUUUAUGGGGUGGUUGGUGACCCUUCAGCCUCUCCUCACUCAUUUCCAACUCAGACCCUGACAGGAUCCACAGACUUCCUGAGAGCCCUCCAGAGACCCUGUCAGCCGUGAGGCCAGAGCCAGCUCAUGGGACCUCCUGCUCCUUCUGCAGCUUCCUAUCCUGGACGACACAGAAACUUCAUGCACCAGUGAAUGUCAGGCAGGGCAGACGACCUGGUCACAGACGUCCCUUUGCAGGGUGUUUGAUGAGGCAGGGACCUCAGCUGAGCACCUGGUGUCACACACCCUACUUCUGUUGGGAGCUGUAGGUCAGAGACAUCAGUUGCUUCAGGUAGAACUAAUACUGUGAACAUUUGAAUGCAUCUGUGGCCUUCACCUCCCCAGCUGUCCUGUCCCUCAUCAGAAACAGCAACUUUGCCAAGUGUUCCCCAGCUCCCAUCUCAGGAGACCAGAAUUUACGGAAAAAUUAGGCACUCUUAGCCAAAAGUGCCGGUGGAACAUUUUUAGUUGUAGUUUGGGAAGGAAAAGUUAAUGAGGUUUUAAAAAUCAGGUCUUGCUGUUCAGGAGCGCACUUCACCCAGGGGAGUGGCACCCUUACCUUGGUUGGACCCCACGGAGAGUGCUCCCAGCCUCAGCCGGGCCGCCUCCUCCAUGGUAAGGGAUGUGGCUCAGGGAAGAGGGUGCGCUCUGUGCCUGAGGGUGCCCUCCAGAAGCAAGGGUAUUGCUUACCUCCUGGUGGUCAUCCCUGAGUGGGGUGGGUGUGAGCAACUCUGCUCAUCCCCCCAACGCUUGAGAUGUCUUGAGAUGUCUGUCAGGUUUUUUUGGACUUUAUUUUUAUUGUGGAUUUUGGAUUUAGUUUCCUUUUUCUUUUUUAAUAUUGGUUUUGAAAAAGGAGCCUGAUAUCCCCAAUUGGUGGUGAGAAUUUGUGGCCUUUUUUUUUUCCUUUUCUCCAAACAGGGCCUCUGUAAUCCUCCAGCUUACUUCCUACAAACAGAUCUGCCUGGGAAGCUUCUUAGACUCCUAAUUCUAGGCUAGGAAUGAACUUCAUGAGGGUUGACAGCGGGUCUCUAGCAGCACUGGCUGAAGGACAGUGAGCCAGCGUAAAGCCUGGCUGAGUGCUCUUUACACAGACUCAGCGACCUUGAACUGGUUUUGAGUGUGCAUUUUUCUUUUAGCUCCUGUGAGACUGUUAGCAACAGCAGCUUGCUCUCAGGAGGGAAAGCCUUGGGUUCUGCUCCCAGACACAAGCCUACAGACUGGUACGGGGCCUGGUGGGACUGAGCCAGAGGAGGCUGUGCUGGGAGUGGGGUUAGCAUGGACUCCAGCUCUGAGACCCAGGAGGAGGAAGAGAAGGGCCGCCUGCCCACUGAGCGCUGUGCUCUGGGCUAUCCUCAUCAGGACCUCAAACCUGGGCACCUGACCUCUGCUCCUCUCUGCUGCCUUUGUCUGGAAAUUGGACCAGAAUUCUGACAUCCCCCCAGGCCUCCUCCCCCUCCUUUGCCAGCUCUGGCAACAGAUCUUGGGAUAUAGUAAUUGUUUGGAUUUUUUUUUUUUCUUUCUGCAGUUGGUGUGAAGAACAAACUCUGUCCAGGUAGAAGUAGCGAGGGGGAGGGGAAUCCCAUCUCCAGGGUCAGGGACUUGGCAGGAAUUUUCCCAAAGUGACUCAGGCAAGCACAGUUAAC